AUGUGGGUUUUCGGGAGGACAGGUGAAUCCCCUGUUACGACCGGAAUCAAUGGCACUGGCCUCACUGCUAUCGUUACAGGAGCAUCAUGUGGCCUUGGGCUGAAGACGACCCGAGUUCUUGCCCUGCGAGGUGUUCAAGUCGUGAUGGCUGUAAGGAAUGUCGACGCUGGCCAUGUAGGCAGGACUACUGAGCUUGACGUCAUGAAGUUAGAUCUCAGCUCGUUGGCAUCGGUUCGAAAAUUAUCCUCUGAAUACGUCUCCACCGGGCUUCCACUGCUCAUUCUCAUCUACAAUGCAGGCAUUAUGGCAUGUCCUUUCUCAAUUUCUGAAGACAAUGUUGAGCUCCAAUUUACCAUAAACCAUUUGGGCCAUUUCCUACUGACUAACUUGUUGCUAGGGACUAUGAAAAAGACGACACAUGCAAGCAAUAAGGAGGGAAGGAUUGUCAUCCUAAGAUCACUUGCUCAUAUCUUCAUGUACAACGGAGGAAUUCAAUUUGACAAAAUUAACGAUGAAUCUGAAUACUUUGGGAUGCGUGCUUAUGGACAGUCGAAGCUUGCAAAUAUACUGCAAGCGAAGGAGCUAGCAAGGCGUCUCAAGGUACAGAAUCUUGAACUACAUGUUGCGGAUGGGCUUGCAUACGUGUUUGUUAAAUUUGCACUGAAGAAUGCUGAACAGGGAGCUGCUACAAGCUGUUUUCUGGAGCUGCACCCUCAAGGUGUUACUGGUAAACACUUCAUGGACUGUAAUUUCACCGAACCCAACUCCCUAGGGAAAGACAUGAAACUGGCUAAGAAGCUUUGGGAAUUUAGCUUGAGCUUGAUCUAUCAGGCAAGGACAUGAAUAAUAUAUCCCCAAUUCAGAGCAACUCUAUAUACAGGCCUCUUUUCUUUCAACUGAGGCAGCUGUACUUCUUCCAACCAGAUAUGGUUACAGUUACAAAUUGAAGAGUACAACAUGUUCAGACAGGAACUUUUCUAGACUACUGUAUUCUUCAAGAGUGUAUUAUAAGAUUUACAGUUGCCUACGAAUAAUAUCUGAGCUGCUGCUAACAUGUCAGGUCUCAGUAAGCAAAUUUGUUUCUCAUCUAUCAGUUGUUCGAAUUUCCACAUCGCUUUGUUAUGGGUUGAAAGUAAUUAGUGGAUUCUUCUGCAAAAUGCCUGUUCUAAAAAUCCUUGCCCGGCUCUUUGUAGCC